UCUGGGCUGGAUCUCAURUUUGUGAAUCUUCAUUCACAUCAGWAGGUUUUUGAACGGCAAAGCAGCAGCACGUUCUGGACGAUCACAUUUUGACGUAUCCAACACUAAACUGAGAAGAUGAGGCUUUGUUUUCUCUUCUGUGUUUUCUGUCUGAUGGUUCCCAUGAGCCUCAGUCAGCUGCCGGGUCCCCCUGGUCAGAAAGGUGAACGCGGAUUUCCUGGACUACCUGGAAUACCUGGAUUUAAAGGAGAACCUGGACCACCUGGAUUUCCUGGAGCACCUGGAGCAAUGGGAAUUAAGGGAGGAAAAGGAGAUCUUGGAGCACCUGGAUUUCCUGGAGCACCUGGUCCAAUAGAAAUAGAGCAACAAAAUCUGGAGAAUGAGAAGAGCAAUGAGAAAUACUGUGGGCAAUUUUUUAUGACCAGUGAAGAUUUCUUCAUCUUCUUUUUGGAUUCAGGGAAACCUGGAAUGACAGGAGCAACUGGACGACCUGGACCUGUUGCCGUGUGUGGACGAGAGAUCUUUGAUUCUUUCAGACGGGAUAUUGAAGGACAGAUGAAGAUCACCGCUAAGCUGGACCUAGCUAUAACCUUUGACUWUGUGAGGAAGGUGGGUCAGAAAUACUUUGUGUCCAACAAGGAGAGAGGAUCUUUCCAGAAGGCUGCAGAUUUCUGCGACCAACGAGGCUUGGAGCUGGCUCUGCCCCAGAGUGAGGAGGAGAACCACAUGCUGCUUCAGCUGAUGGGUCAACAUGAGAAAAGAGCCUGGAUCAACAUCAACAUGAAAAMAGCAGAAGGGAACUUCCAGUCCGACAUGAAAAAUCGACCUCUGACCUUUACUAAAUGGGGAGAAAGACAGCCGGAUCAGAGCAUUCAGGACAGAGGCUGCAGCAUGGCAGCUGAGGACGGCACCUGGAGAGUGACACCAGACUGYUCUCUGGACGCUGACAUCAUCUGUCAGCUGUAGAAAGAUCAUCCACCAGGCAGCUUCCUGAGUAAUCUAGAUAUGACGCAUUCAUUUAAUUUAUUGAUUCAUAAGGCAUCAAGAGGUAAUGUUUUGUUUACACUUGUUUUCCAUUUAGGCUCACUAUAUGUCGAGUAUAUGAUGUGACUUGUAUUAUUUGUUGUGGGAAACUUUUAUUAAGCCUGAGCAGCAAAGGCCUGUUGUAAUCGCAAAAUUUCUUAUUGUUUUUCUGCCAUUAUAUGCAGCCUUUUGGAGGCUUUAACAUAUUCAAAUACUCGCCAAACUUCACCUGAAAUAGUGUCCCAAGUAAAAUUUUCUGAUUCCAAUGGAAUCUCAAGUGGGUGUGGCCAAACUGCUCUGCAGCGCCCCCUAAUCUAAGACAGGACAAACCAUAGGUCACAAAGAUCUGAAAUUCUGAGCGUAGGUAGAUCCCUCUCCCAAAAUCAAGAAAAAAAGUCUCUUGGAAGUACCCUCUAAAAUGUACAGGUAGGCAGCCAUUUUGGUUCAAAGGGCAAAUUUUGGUCAUUUUCAUGUCUACAUACCCAGUGGUGCAAAAAGUGGGUACGCAGGGUAUGCAACGCAUAUGGGCGCAACACCAGAGGGGGCGCCAAAACCCCGUCUUAAGGGGGCGGCGCGCCGAUGAUGUUUUCCCAUACACUUCAGCGCGCCUUACGCUCCUUCACCUUGCGCAGAUAACGAAGUAAAUGUAGCGAGCUUUACCCUUCGUAUUGUCGCCUCKGGGGGGUGAAGGAGUGAACCCUGACGUUCCUCUUCCCUUUUCUCGGGGGCGGGGGGAGAUCUAUGCUUCGCAUCCACCUGAAUAAUGUGUAGUUGCGCCACUGUACACACCUCGAACUUUAACAAACUCCUCCUUGGGGAUUUUGAGUUAUUGGCUUCAUUUUUGGUCAGUAUGUAGGUUUGGGAUGGGGGAGUAAAAGUUAUCAAAAUCGUUUAGAGCAUGUUUAGGGGGCAUGGCCAAGCAGUGAAGUUGGCGUACUGGCCAAACCAAACAAAACACUAUAACUUUCACUCACAAUUGUCAGUAAGUGAAAGUUAUAGUUAUAUAACCAAAGAUGGCAUCACUCAUACCCAAACUAGUUAUGAACGAUCCGGGUCGAUGCCUGACGAUCCUAUGCCGUCAUGUACUGACGUCAUCAUUACAUUUUCUGAUCUAUGUUCUCUCCACCAACAUGAACUUCUGCAAAUUGAUUUAGCCAUUAGUAUCUGUCGAGCUUUUUUUUAUAGUCACCAUCUGAUCUAUGCCACCUUCUAUYCAUCUAUUUUACUUUUUACUUCAUUUAUUGCUUUUGAUGUAAAGCUGGCUUGGAUUGUGAUGAAACCUCUGACUGUCACCUCCAAGUUUCUGAUUAAAUUCUGUUGUCAGAAAGCAACAUAUUUUA